AUGGCCAUGUACAAGUUCGCCGCGGCCGCCCUGGCCCUCUCCACCGGUGCCACUGCCCACCGCUUCAACUUCGCGAAUGGACUCAACAGCACCACCACCACCACCAGCACCAGCGAUGAUGCCGCCACAACCACCAUCGUCUCGGAGACCAACACGGUGCCUUCGCACACCAGCACCUUCUGGGGCAACACCACCAUUACCACCGCCUCGGUCCCCUUGACAACCUCGGUCCCCAUGACAACCUCGACCGUCUUUACCACCACCACCCGUACCAUCACGGACUGCCCCGACACCGUGACUGACUGCCCCGAGGGUGGUAUCACCGUCACCGAGACCGUGCCCGCCUACACCACCGUCUGCCCCGUCACCGAGGAGCCUGAGAUGACCACCUCCACUGUCUACACCACCACCACCCGCACCGUCACCGACUGCCCUGAUGAUGUCCCUGACUGCCCCGGAAAGGGCGGUGUUGUCACCGAGACCAUCCCUCUCUACACCACCGUCUGCCCCGUGACCGACGUUCCCGCUGAGCCCACUGAGGAGCCUGAGCACCCCGGUGAGGGUGAUGACGACGAGGAGUGCACUGAUGUCUACACAACCACCACCGGUACCAAGACCAUCACCAAGACUCUCACCGUCCCCGCCGACGAGCCCACCAAGACCCCUGAGCAGCCCGUCUGCCCUGGCCACCCCGACUGCCCCGUCGAGGAGCCCCAGACCACAGAGGUCCCCGAGACUCCCGAGCACCCCGAGCCUACUGAGACUCCUGAGCAGCCUGAGCAGCCUGUCUGCCCCGGUCACCCUGACUGCCCUGCUGAGGAGCCUGAGCAGCCCGUCUGCCCCGGUCACCCUGACUGCCCUGCUGAGGAGCCCGAGCAGCCUGAGCAGCCCGUCUGCCCCGGUCACCCCGAUUGCCCUGCUGAGGAGCCCAAGCCCACCACUUUGGUUCCCGCUCUGCCCACCAACAAUGGCACUAUCCCCGAGCCUACCAAGCCCACCGCUCCCGUUCAGCCCACGGAGACCGCCCCCGUCUCGGGUGCCGUCAAGAUGGGCUCCUCGCUCCUCGCGGCUGUCGCUGCGGUCGCUUUCUUCUUGUAA